AUGUAUGUUAUAGAACGUGGGUGGGGCAGCCCCAGCAGCACGCUGGAGGCACUGCGGCGGCACUCGCGGCAAAUUGCCGCGCGACGAGGCCGUCGCGUACAGUUCUCGGAGAGAUCGCGUGAUGGCGCGCGCGGCGACGGCGCAGAGAGCGGAUCCGAGAUGUCCGGCGGAAGCGGCGAGCGGCGGCCCUCCACGUGUCGGGUCGAGCUGGGCACUCUGCUCGCCCCGGAACCCCGCCCGCUCGACAACAAGGUCAAGCGGCACAGCAUACAUGGCAUGACAGAGGAGGAAAAUGUGGUGCGGCCGCACCAGGAAAUGGCGGUACUGUCCCUGGAAGAGAAAAAGUACCUGUUAGGUGUGGAGCGUGGUGACGUUGCUGGUACACGGCGUGUGCUCCAGCGAGCAAGGGACACGGGUCAUAUCAAUGUGGACUGCGUAGAUCCACUUGGCCGCAGCGCCCUCCUCAUGGCCAUCGACAACGAGAACCUGGAGAUGGUGGAACUGCUCCUCGAGUUCGGCGUCGAGACCCGUGACGCGCUGUUGCAUGCUAUCUCUGAGGAGUUCGUUGAGGCGGUUGAAGCACUCCUAGAUCAUGAGGAACGCACCAAAAAGGAGGGAGAGCCCCAUAGUUGGGAAGCUCUCCCUCCAGAAACAGCAACCUUUACAUCAGACAUAACACCGUUGAUUCUAGCAGCGCACCGUGACAGCUACGAAAUCAUUAAACUAUUACUGGAUAGGGGGGCGCGGCUACCAGCACCUCAUGAUGUAAGGUGUGGCUGCGACGAAUGUGUCCGCUCCCGCCGAGAAGACUCCCUUCGACAUUCCCGGUCACGUAUUAACGCCUAUCGUGCCCUGGCCUCCCCCUCUCUCAUCGCUCUCUCUUCCAAAGACCCCAUUCUUACUGCCUUUGAAUUGUCGUGGGAAUUGCGACGACUAUCCGCCCUAGAACACGAGUUCAAGACUGAGUAUCAAGAACUGCGCGUCCAGUGUCAAGAAUUUGCAACCGCGCUAUUGGAUCAUACGCGCACAUCGCACGAGCUGCAAGUGCUCCUCAAUCACGAGAAGGGUUGUCCGCCUCCACCACUUUUGGAGCCUGGUGCUCCUGAACGUAUGCGCCUGUCCCGACUGAAGCUUGCUAUCAAACUUCGGCAGAAGAAGUUCGUGGCGCAUCCGAACGUGCAGCAACUCUUAGCGUCGAUCUGGUACGAGAGCGUACCAGGUUUCAGGCGCAAGAACAUGGUGCUGCAAGCUGCUGAGAUGGUACGCAUCGGCGCCAUGUUUCCGCUAUACUCGCUCGCAUAUAUCGCUGCGCCACACUCCGCCGCUGGCCGCAUGCUUCGCAAGCCCUUCAUCAAGUUCCUCUGCCAUUCGGCCAGUUACUUCAUGUUCUUAUUUCUGUUAAUCUUGGCUUCCCAGCGCAUUGAGACAACAGCUGGUGAUUUCUUUGGUGGUACUUCUCAAGAUACACCUGUAUCUAGGAGAGGGUCACCCCCAACUCUAGUAGAGUGGCUUAUUCUUUCAUGGGUCAGUGGUUUGAUCUGGAGCGAAGUGAAACAGCUGUGGGAUAUGGGGCUCCGAGAAUACGUGCAUGAUAUGUGGAAUGUGAUUGAUUUUGUCACAAACUCACUGUACGUUGCCACUGUCGCUUUACGCGUUGUUUCUCACUUCCAGGUACGACGGGAGAUGCAUCUCGGCCUGCAAUGGAACCAGCCACGCGAGAAGUGGGACGCAUGGGAUCCAAUGCUCCUCUCCGAAGGCUUAUUUUCAGCUGCCAACAUCUUCAGCAGCCUUAAGCUAGUAUAUAUCUUCAGCGUCAAUCCCCACCUUGGCCCGUUGCAGGUCUCACUCAGUCGAAUGGUGCUGGACAUUCUCAAGUUCUUCGUCCUUGAUAUUCUUGUUAUAUUCGCUUUUUCCUGUGGUUUGAACCAGCUGCUAUGGUACUACGCUGAUAUGGAGAAGAAACGCUGUCCAUCUGCCUAUUCAAAUGGUGCUGUUAACUCUACUGCGUUACAAGAUCACGACGCGUGUGUUGUUUGGAGAAGAUUCGCCAACUUAUUCGAAACAAUGCAAACACUCUUCUGGGCUGCCUUCGGACUUGUGGACUUAGAUUCCUUCGAGCUGGACGGAAUAAAGAUCUUUACGCGGUUCUGGGGCAUGCUUAUGUUCGGCACCUACGCUGUCAUUAACGUCAUCGUACUGCUCAACUUGCUCAUAGCAAUGAUGAAUCACUCGUACCAGCUGAUAUCCGAGCGAGCUGAUGUGGAGUGGAAGUUCGCACGAAGCAAGCUCUGGAUCAGUUAUUUCGAGGAAGGUGGUACAGCACCACCGCCUUUUAACGUGAUACCAUCACCCAAAUCGGCUCUUUAUGCUUGGCGGUGGCUUCAGCGCCGUCUAUGCGGGCAUGCACGUGCAAAGCGAGAACAUAUGCGGACUAUACGGAGAAAAGCAAAACAAACAACGGAGCGUGAAUUUCGAUAUCAGGCGAUCAUGCGCAACCUGGUUCGCCGUUACGUAACUGUGCAACAGCGACGCGCAGAAUGCGGCGGAGUAACAGAAGAUGACGUCAACGAGAUCAAGCAAGAUGUCAGCGCCUUCCGUUGCGAGCUGGUCGAGAUCUUGCGCAACUCCGGCAUGAACACCUCUACUGCCAACGCGGGUGGAGGGGGCGGUAAGAAAAACCGCCAAAAGGAACGUCGUCUGAUGAAGGGCUUUAACAUAGCUGGUGGUUCUUUGGCACCAGUAGACGAGUUUUUCGCGUCGCUGCACCAUGAGCAUGGUGGCUCACAUGGUGCUACACACCACGGGUCACUAUCUGCUCUACUGGGUGGUCGUUUGCGUACCAGCCAAUCCAGUCUAUCUGAUGGACCUGGAGCACCACCAGACCGCCGCAAGCCGCACCACAAACGCCGAUGGGGCACAAUUAUCGAAGCAGCACGUGCCGCUCGCGUGUCACGUUUAAUAGGCCGCUCCCGAUCCGAAGAUUCUGUUUGUGACCAUGCGAGGCCCUCUCCGAGUGGCAGCGAAAGAUCAGAUUCUGGCAGUGACUCUCACCGCAGCCCGGAGCGCGUGACUCGUAGUGGCCCAUUGACUGCGCUAGCUGCACUUAAGUCCAAGCGCAAGAAGUUCUCCAACUCACGCCGAAUAGCCGAGGCCGGACGGUCAGCUAGCGGUGCGGAAGCGUUACAAAGAGCGAGCUCUGUACCUGCCCGCGCCCCGCCUGCUCAUCAGCCGGUCCAACCACAACGCCCACAUUCAGGCAGAACGCCCAUAUCUCCCUCCAGCACUGCCGAAAGUGUGGCAGCUCGCGGUGGUAGCACCGAACCGCUUCUGGCCAGCUUGGAAGACGACGCACUCAAGGUGACGCGCCAAAUUUCACACACACUUAGUACUUGCGGACAGUGCGGCUAUGAAAGCAUGGAUACAUCAAUAGCUGUCAAUGGUGUUAGAGAGGGGGAACAAAUUAAAGACGAUGGCAAUAGAGCGGUUACGAGUACGGAAUCAUGUGGAAGAUGCGAUGCGCUUGCGCGUCUCGCCGGAGUAACGCCGCUACACGGUCAUGCACCGCACCACUCCGCGGGUUGGCUGUAG